AUUUACUAAAAGCUCAAAAGUCCUACGGAACUUUCUCAACUCAUGACACUUACACAGAUGGACAGGACUGAAAAUCUAAAAUCUGGCAACCUAAACACACAGAACAAGCUGCAUGGAGGACAAGUCCUGUAAAAGGUGGAUGAGAUCCAACGCUACAUCUGGAGCUAGUUAAAGCCGAACCCCUUCCCCCCUUCGGUUUGGAACCCCCCUGUCACUGCACGGGCUCACACACUUCUCCUCUCCUGUCCUGUCUUCUCCUCGCUCCUCCUCCUCCUCCUCCUCCAGUCAGCUCCUUCCUUCACUUCUUCCCCACGCUCCGUCCCAUUGAGGGAAAAUGGAGCAUCUGAGCAGGACCAUGUCUUCUUUAGGGUUUUUUCUGCUGCUGGUUUUUGGAUGGACGCAUAGCCAGACAACUAACUAUACCAGGCCGGUGUUUAAAUGCGGAGGGAAUGUAGAAGGAGACUCUGGCUUCAUAGGCAGUGAGGAUUUUCCUUCAUACUACAAACCAGACAGCAAGUGCACUUGGUACAUCACUGUCCCAGAAGGCAACGUGGUCAUGCUCUCCUUCAGGAUUUUUGACCUCGAGGCUGACACCCUGUGCCGAUAUGAUUUUGUGGAUGUAUAUAACGGUCACUCGAACAUGGCACAGAAGUUGGGUCGCUUUUGCGGGACGUUUCGGCCCGGCAUGCUCAUCUCCACCUCCAACACCAUGAUGUUGCACAUGGAGUCAGACUCAGGAACCGGGGGGCGUGGCUUCCUCGUCCACUUUGUUGGAACAAAACCACACGUGAAUGAGGAACAAUUCUGUGGUGGAAAGUUGACAAAACCACAAGGCACCAUCAAAACGCCCAACUGGCCCGAGAAAAAUUACCCACCGGGCAUCAGUUGCUCGUGGCUCAUCACCGUGGAUCCAGACAAGGUGAUUGAGGUGAAGUUCGAAAAGUUCGAUGUGGAGCGUGACGCGUACUGCCGCUUCGAUUAUGUGGCGUUUUAUAACGGAGGAGAGAGAGAUGUCUCGAGACGCAUCGGAAAAUACUGCGGUGACGUGGCACCUGAGCCCAUCGUGACCAACAGUAACGUUCUCCUGGUCCAGUUCGUGUCUGACCAGAGUGUCACCUCUGAUGGCUUCAUUGCCUCAUAUUCCAGUGUCCCGAGAGGGCAUUCUCCCCAGCCAGGAUCCCAUGUGCACUCAUUACCCACAGUCCCACGGCUCCCCGUGGCCCCAGCCCACAAACCCGUCACCACAAAGACUACGGAGGUACCGACUACCACAACCACCACCACAACCACCACCACGGCUGCACCCAGACGCCCACCUGCCAAUCCUAACCAUCCGGCCAGACCUCCGAAUCGCAGACCAGAAUCGGGUCGGCCCGAUCAGUCACGUCCAGGCCCGAACCCUCUGUGCCCUAAAAUGUGUAAGAGAGACGGCAGCAUAAAGACGAGUUUCUGCAGCAGUGAAUUUGUGAUCACAGGGACCGUGAUGGCGCUCUCUUCGGCUUCUCAGGGCCGACUGCUGGCCACCGUCUCCAUCAUUAAGGCUUAUAAAGCUGGAAGCCUGACCAUCACUCAGGCUGGAGAGACCAUGACUGUUAAACUGGUGCUCAAGUGCAGAACGUGUCCAGUGCUUCGCAGAGGUCAAAACUUCAUUCUGAUGGGUCAGGUGGAUGAAGACGGCCGUGGCGUUCUCCCUCCAGGCAGUUUCACGGCCCUGUACAAAGCACCACACCACAAAAUCCUCACCAGCCUCAGCAACCAGCCGUGCUGAUCUCCAAGGCUAAAAACACCACAGAAAAAAAACAGAACAUGCCAAAAAUGAAACACAUGACAGUAUAACAUGAAUGAAUCUGUAGAAAUGAUUCCAUAAAGCAACACUCAGGCAAAAAAAACUAGUGUUCAGUGUGUUAGUAGCUUCAGCAGCACAGUAUCGUAUCUUUCAGCCUCAGCGUUUUGGCGAAGUUUACGAUUUUUGUAUUGUUGAGUUUUCGCCCUCUAAGGCCCUCGUGUACAAUUACAAGGAGCAAGAACUCUUAUUUUUUUAAAAUAUAACAUUUGGUUUGCUAUUUUCUAAUUGUUUUUAAUGUACAUUUAGCUAAUUAGUGCACUAGUUAGUUAGCUAACGUGUAAGCAAGCCAACAGCGAGUGGACAUUUCAUACGCACUUCUGCGUGAUUAGGGGAAGUGGAUGAAGGUGCGUUAAAACCAGUACUGUAACAUAGGAAGCAAUUUUACUUCGAAUCUGGUGCAGCAACAUGUAAUAAACCGAAAUGAUUUCAUGGCAGCAUAUAGAGAAGCAUUUCACCUUAUUAGCUUUAUACACCUGAAGAUGUCAUACAGUAUAUUUGUAAUUUAUGAUGUCAUCAAAUAAAGGAUUUAUAUCACA